UAAGUGUGAAGAUGUAUACCAUAUAUAUUGUGUAAAUUCUUAUACAUAUAUGUAAAUUUCUUAUAAAAUCGUAUAAAUUUUCACAAUAAUAUGUAAGUUAAUCCAUGAAAAUUUUAAAAAUCGUAACUUAUGUAUAUUUAUGAGAACUUAUAUGAAAUAACUUAUAUAUAUUUGUGAGAAUUUAUGUAAGUGCAUCUGAUAUACACGGGCAGAGAGAGAGAGAGAGAGAAAGAGAGUUGUUUAGUCUCAUCUGAGAAAACAUUUUGAGUUUGGGUUUGCAGGUAAAGCCAUGGCGGAUACUAUUGUUUUAAAGACCAUCCUGCAAAGCGAGGCUCUUCAAAAGUACAUCUUGGAUACCAAUGCAUACCCAAGAGAACAUGAGCAGCUCAAGUGGCUAAGAGAUGCAACAUUCAAGAAAUAUGGCAACAGAGCGGAGCUAAGUGUGCCCCCUGAUGAAGGAUUGUUCUUGUCUAUGCUUUUGAAAUUAAUGAAUGCGAAGAAGACAUUGGAGAUUGGUGUUUUCACUGGCUAUUCUCUUCUUACCACUGCCCUUGCUUUACCUCAUGAUGGCCAGAUAGUAGCAAUAGCUCCAAAUCGGGAAGCAUUUGAAGUUGGACUGCCAUUCAUUCAGAAGGCUGGUGUGGAGCACAAGAUCAAUUUCAUAGAAUCAGAUGCCAUUUCUGUUCUCAAUGAAAUGUUGAGCGAUGAGGGUAAGUUGAAAAUGGAGUUUGAUUUUGUGUUUGUGGAUGCCGAUAAGCCCAACAACAUUAACUAUCACGAGCAAGCGAUAAAACUGGUGAAAGUAGGAGGUGUUAUUGCAUAUGAUAACACUCUGUAUCGUGGUUCAGUUGUAAACAAUGAAGAAGAAGUGCCCGAGCGUUUCCGUGCAAACCAAAAGCCCAUAAUUGAACUCAACAAGCACUUAGCCUCUGACCCCCGAAUCGAAAUCGCUCAGAUUUCCAUUGGUGAUGGUGUCACACUGUGCAGGCGCAUACUCUAGAUCAGACCGUAUCGUAUCAUAUCAUAUGAGCUUGACUAAAUUUGUAAUAAUAAUCAUGUUACCGUGGAUUUCAAGUCGUUUAUUUUCAAGGAUGAUCCGUUUAUAAUGUUGUUAUCUUAUUCGUAUC